CGCGGGGAGGAAGUCCGCCCGGUGCUGGUGCAGACCAACGAACACACUGCCAGAAAGCGAAAGGAACAACAAUCGCAGCAAUUGAGCAGCUCUUUCACAGGAUUCGGUGAUCCGCCGGCGGCUCGGAUGAAUUCACCGACUGGCGUUGUCACUUCACAGCCGCAGACAGCACCUGGAAUUCGGAUAGAAAGGGAUCUCUGACCGGUGUUAACACAGAGGACCAGCACAGCCAUACCUUGGAUGCGAAGAAAGGAUGUGAUCACUGACAACAUCCUAAACAUAAAGAAGCACCACAAGAUGGGCUUACAUGCCAAAACGACAGUCGCUCCCAAGGUGACAAAGAUAUUAUGAGGACUGCUGCACGUUGCAGGUUUCUAUUCCUGUCUCGGACACGGAAGCAGGAAGCUAAAGGUGGAUCCAUUGUUGCAUCCAGCUUGGACACAUAGACCUGAAUUGACUAAAGGGGUCCUGUAUGGAUAAAGACAAAAGACACAGGUGAUUUGGUACAUUUGCAACAUGGUAUCCUAUUCCCACAGCAGAGCCUCUCAAGCCACCUGGGAGAUCUCCAGGUUAACAUCCAUACUGACCCCCGUUGGACUUGGUAGCUGUCAGUGAAGGUGACACAGCUUGAAAGGAUUUUAAGUGGAUUCUUUUCCCUCUGUGGUGGCGGCAGCCUUAUUUACCAGGCUGGGAGCAGCAGCAGGAUGCCUGAACUGGACGACUUUCCCCCCCUGAGGGGACCGAGAGGCUCUGAAACGGGCCUCCAUGGUCCCGCUGACCCUGUUCAGAUCCAGCACAGCAUCCUGGAGGAGCAAGUGGAGCUGUGGUGGUUCCGAGAACCAGGGAAGUCUCUGCUGUGCUACUGCGUCGCCGUGUUACUAAUCCUGGGCUGCGGGCUCGGCGGCGUUGGCCUGCUCUCCACCACCACCAGCGUCUCCAGCGAAUGGCGUCUGGGUGCGGGCACGGCGCUGUGUCUGCUCGCCUUGGGGGUCCUGCUCAAACAGCUGCUCAGCUCCGCCGUGCAGGACAUGAACUGCGUCCGAAGCCGGCAGCAGAUCGACAUGCUGAAAAGCGGCGGAUUAUCCGACUUCCUUGUGGUUUUAAUCACGGGGCUGUCGCUGCUCAUUUGCGGGGGGGUUCUCCUGCAUCUGGCUCUGGUGAACCACAUGCCCAAACCGGGUCAGGCCCUGAACGAUAUGUACAUCACCGGGGUGGUGUUGCUGACUGGAGGCGGGGCUGCAGUUUUGGGCGUUGGAAUAUACUCCGUUGUGGUCAUCAUGCUGGAGAGGACACGACACGGACGAAGGUUUCUGGACCGGAUUUUGAACAUCUUCACCAUCUCGGGACACAUGGACCACCAGGCUCGUAGGGAAACCACCUCCAGUCUGGCUAAUCUCAUAUGAGACAUAACAGCAUCGUCACUGCCUCUUCUCAUUCUUAAAUGCCCUAAUAGAAUGAUCAUCCUUUUACAAGAUGACGCUUGCUUUAGUUUUCACACCAGCAGAAACCAAACCGUAGCAAAAAGAAGAGAAUGAAUAAGUAGAAAAAAGAAAAGGACUUACACUAACCCUGAGACCCAAUUUAGUUUUUGCUUGCCGCUUGUACAAAGCCGGAAAUUGUGGUUUAUAAAACAUUCAUUUUGGAUAAAAUAACAAACCAUGUAGCAUUUUUGCAUCAACAAGAACACACUUAAAUUAGUAUUAAAGUGUGAUGAUAAAAAAAAUGUAGGUUGCACGGAAUACCAAUUUUCCCCCCUUAACCCUUCGUCUUACCCGUCGGUAGGUUGCCCAAUAUAUACAAUAUAAAAUAAAAAUGAUUGACCAUACCACUUUUAAAUCAUUUUAUCGUGAAAAUGCAUGUUGACACAUUCUAGUUGUCCAUCCAUCCAUCCAUCUUCUUCCGCUUAUCCGAGGUCGGGUUGCGGGGGCAGCAGCCUAAGCAGGGAAGCCCAGACUUCCCUCUCCCCAGCCACUUCUUCCAGCUCCUCCCGGGGGAUCCCGAGGCGUUCCCAAGCCAGCCGGGAGAGAUAGUCUUCCCAACGUGUCCUGGGUCUUUCCCGUGGCCUCCUACCGGUCGGACGUGCCCUAAACACCUCCCUAGGGAGGCGUUCGGGUGGCAUCCUGACCAGAUGCCCGAACCACCUCAUCUGGCUCCUCUCGAUGUGGAGGAGCAGCGGUUUUACUUUGAGCUCCUCCCGGAUGACAGAGCUUCUCACCCUAUCUCUAAGGGAGAGCCCCGCCACCCGGCGGAGGAAACUCAUUUCGGCCGCUUGUACCUGUGAUCUUGUCCUUUCGGUCAUUACCCAAAGAUCAUGACCAUAGGUGAGGAUGGGAACGUAGA